AUGUCUAGCCUCAUCAACAAGGUCAAGGAUACCCUCUCUCAUCACGGUGACAACUCCUCCAGCACCCAGGACCACACUGGCCCUACUGGCAACGCCGUCGAUUCUCACAAGUCAUCCAACCACGGUCCUCACGACAGCAGCCUAGCCAACAAGGUCGAUCCCCGUAUUGACAGCGACCGUGAUGGACGUGCUACUCAUACCGGUGGUAACACUACUCACACUGGUGGUAACACCUUUGGUACUUCCACAACUGGCACACAUGGGUCUGGAUUGUCUUCCAACCACGGUCCCCACGACAGCAGCCUAGCCAACAAGGCCGAUCCCCGUAUUGACAGCGACCGUGAUGGACGUGCUACUCACACCGGUGGUGCCACUACUCACACUGGUGGUAACACCUUUGGUACUUCCACAACUGGCACACAUGGGUCUGGAUUGUCUUCCAACCACGGUCCCCACGACAGCAACCUAGCCAACAAGGCUGAUCCCCGUGUUGACAGCGACCGCGAUGGUCGUGCUAGCCACACUACAGGCUUCGGUUCCUCCACUGGAGCUAACUACGGAACUACCCACGGAACUACCCACGGAACUACCCACGGUACCACUGGCAACACCUUCGGCGGUAACACUUACGAGUCUGGCCUGUCCUCAAACCAUGGCCCCCAUGAUAGCAACAUCGCCAACAAGGCCGACCCUCGUAUCGACAGUAACCGCGAUGGUCGUGCUAGCCACACCACAGGCUUCGGUUCCUCCACUGGAGCUAACUACGGAGUCACCCAAGCUACUCCCAACUCCUUUACUUCUGCCACCGGAGCUGACCCUACUCGCGCUCCCGCCUAUGGCUCCAACUACCCAGAGUCUGGCCUAUCCUCUAACCACGGCCCCCAUGACAACAACCUAGCCAACAAGGCUGAUCCUCGUAUCGACAGCGACCGUGAUGGCCGUGCCAGCCACAGCCACAGCGGCUUCGGUUCCUCCACUACUGGAGCUAGUUACGGAGCUACUCACUCUGGUGCUACCCCUAACACCUUCGGCUCCUCUACCGUUGGAGGUACUCACCCCUCUACCCACUCGACCGGCACCGGCCCUGCCUCCAACACUGCAGGCCCCCACACCAGCAACCUAGCCAACAAGGCUGACCCCCGCAUCGACAGCGACCAAAGCAAGAAUGACACUUUCUCUCAUGAUGUUCGUAAGGGUAGCAUUGGCGGUGCCGGUGUGAUGCAUGGUAUGAGCGGCAACAACGGUCACCCAACCACUACCAAGACUUUUGAAGACGCUCAGGAGCAUGGUUCCGCCGGACACCACAACGCUGGUUCCAGCUACAACAGCAAUAAGACUGUUGGUCCUCACAGUAGUGACAUUGCCAACAAGCUCGACCCCCGUGUCGAUUCGGAUCUUGAUGGCUCCAAGACUAUUGGAUCCCAGCGCAUCUAA